AUGCCUAUCAAUAUGACUAAAUUAGGAUUUCUCCCUAUCGUGAUUAUUUUCCUUCUCUACGUAAUCGAUUCAUUUGCAAACGUCCAGCCAAUAACUAUUGGAAAUGAGGAGUUUCCAAAUGUCGAAAUUCCGGCAAAACUCAUGGUCCCAAAAGACAAUGCUUUCAAAUUUCAUUUACUCGCUGCCGGGUAUUUCUGGUAUAAAUGUAAUGGCAGCCAUGCAUGGGAACUUGAUGAUGAUCGAGUAAUACUCUUUAACAAGAAAGAAGAUGUCGCCCACUAUCCCUUUACGGGUGUGGCAUCAUCUUUUAAGUCACAAAAUGGCCUUACUGGUCUUAGAUCUCUUAUUCCACAUGAUCCCUCAUCAUUAGUAUUUUCUGCCAUUGCCGUCGCUCCACCCAAGAAUCCGGAACAAGAUGCUCCUCUGCAACUUUCUGAAGCCCAGUUGAAUUAUGCAUUUAGCAAGAUUACUUAUGUCAUUCGUGUCGCAACUCACGGUGGAGCUCCUCCGGCGAAUUCUUUAU